GCUACCUUACAGACAACUUUUUCUUCCACAUUUUCAUCCAUGACUACGCGGACUUUAUAACAGUAACUAGCUUCCCGAAAUAACACUUCUGCUUCCGGUUUUCUGUUCCUUUAUCACCGAAUUAGCAAUAUAGAUAUUAAUCCUGCCAAAUGCAAAUUUUGUUCGUCAUUUGACUUUAAUUUAUUGAAAUGAUUAAUAAUUUUUUCUUUACUUUUUUUAGAUAAUAGUUAUUCAAAACAUUUUUUCUUGCAUGUGCAGGCUCUUCUUGUUUCAUGGGUUUGUAACCGCAAUUUCUUACCGACCUCAGUAAUUCUUCCAAAUAUUUUUCUUUUCUUUGUCUUCAACUCUUUACAUCCACCGCUAUCAUCUUCAAUUAAACCUACAGAUGGACUUUCAGACAUUUUGAGAUAUUAUACAACACAAAAACCACAGAACUACUAUAUUGUUACUAACAAUGUGUUGAUUACGUCGUCAAGGCGAAAAAGAACACGUUUUGUUGCAACAAUAAUAUUAACAAUAAUAGUUAUUUAGGGCUUAAUGCCGCGAUACACAUUAUAUUUUUUCUGCAAUUAUUACAAUUUUAUUAAACUAUUUAAAGCGUUUUGAAUUACGUUUACCGGCUGUCACUGUCAACUAAAAAUUUAAUAAAUGACAAUACCAACCUAAAUAUUGUUGUCAUUGUAUAUUUUUUAUUCGUUUAAAUGGAGUAAAAAAAGUCUGCUAACAUAUCUUGGGAUACUAUUAACCACAAAGAAUUAUGUUUUUUUUUGGACUUAACGGUUUUUUAUACUGUUUUAGAUGGACUUACCAUGUUUUUCCCCUGUACAUCUAAACUUAUUUUGUGAAUAUCUCAAGACUAAACAUGUUUUCAUCUAAAACUCAUUGAUCAUCUUGUAGGUCGUAAUUUUUACUACAAGAUUCAAUCAUUUAGAUCAAUUAAUGAAAUAUUGGACUUAUCACGUUUUCCCCUGAACCCUUCAUAUUUAUUCACAAAUUCGUUUGUUCUUUUUUCCAAAAUUUUUAAUCUUUGUACUAUUGUUAAUUUUGGUGGUUGGAAAUACUUUGUCAAUGGCACUUCAACUUGCUCAAAGGACAGGUCCUCAGGUUGUUUUGGAAUUACUAUAUUAGUUACUAUUUCAUAGAUAUUUGUAUCCAUUAUCAGUAAGAAAAUAUUCUUUUGUUUUUCUUCUUCUGUUCUAUUAUCCUUGAAAUGUAACUUUAAUCUUUUUACGUACGUAGCAAAGGCUUCUUAUGAAAUAUCGUAUUCUCCUACUUUUCCGGUUUCAGUCAUUUUUUCCAAUUCUAACCUGACUUCUCUUUUCUUUAUUUUACGUGGUUCUUUUUCUUUUACCUCGAUGUCUAUUUUCUUCAAAGGUCCCAUCCUCGUCGCCACUUUUAUGAUCUUUACUAACUUUAAUAAAACACUUUUAACUAUUUGGAGUUCGUUUAUUAUAACUCCAAGUCCAUCACAUUCUAACAUGAUUACAAUUGUUCUUCUGCGACCGUUACGCCACGUAAUUCGCUAUUGUAACGCCAUCUAUACUUUAUUAAUACAUGUACUUAAUAUAUAAAAUACAUAACAAUAAUAAAACGAUGAUUUCGAAGAUAACACAACCCAGCUUCAUUAUGGUCAACCCAACAAACUCAUUAUUGUUAUGCUCAUACAAUAUUUCUUUGUAACGCUGAGGAAGAUACAGAUCUAUGGGCAAUACGAAAUCUUGGAUUACACUUUACAAUUGGACCGCGUUAUUCUAGAUACUGUUUCAGUUACAGUUUCGGUAUUGACGUUAAGUUUUAUAUCAAUGGAAAGAUGGUACGCUAUUUGUUUUCCUUUGAAAUUUAAAUCGACGAUAGGAAGAGCAAAAACUGCUAUAUUGAUAAUAUGGAUAAUUGCCUUAACAUUAGAUGUUCCCGAAUUAGUUGUUUACGAAACCAUACACCGUGGAAACGAAAGUAUUUCGAUUUUAUUCACUCAAUGCGAACCAGUUUGGCCACAAAUGUUCGAUUUAAGUUGGACGAUAAUGAAAAUGACCUUAUUGUAUGCAAUACCUUUAUGUGUUAUGGCGAUAAUGUAUUAUAGAAUCGGUAAAGUAUUGAGGAUAUCUGAAAAGCAACUCACCUCGAGAGAAAUAUCCGAAAAUACUCACCUCCACAACUUUUCAAUAACGGCGAGCAUGAACAAGAAAGGACAGCUCGAAAGCAGGAAAAAGGCGGCUAAAAUGCUUGCAAGUGUUGUCGGGAUGUUUGCUCUUUGUUUUCUUCCGUUGCACACAAUCGAAAUCUUAAGGCUAACGAUGGAAAUGCGAAAUAAUGAAGUAAAUCGGGCUUUCUCCAUGUUCUCACAUUGGCUUUGUUAUGUCAAUAGUGCCGUCAAUCCGUUGAUCUAUAACUUUAUGAGUAAAAAGUUCAGGAAGGAAUUUAAGAAGUCUUUCGAGUGCUGCACUAAAGCGGGAAGGCAGAAAAGAAAGGAUACCUUUGUGUUUCAGCAGAUGGGAUCGUUAUCAAAGAAUAGAAUUUCGAACCGAAAGUUUACGCAUACUAGUGGAAGUUUAUCUUCCAGAACUGAUACUGUUACCACUAAACUAUCUGAAUAAUUUUUAGAUAUAUAAAAGAUGUUGUAUUGAUUUUAACUUGAAUUGUAUGUUUGUAUAUAAAUUUUUAUGCAGUA